AACAUGGAGGGGGUGAUGGACAGCAUCGGUCUCAUGUCCGAGGUGGACCAGCUGUUCCACGCCCGCAACCCGCUCUUCAUCUUGCGACAAUUCCUCGGCGUCACCUACAAUCGCAUGCGCCUUCUCAUGGAGAGAAACACGUUCCUGUCCUCUCUACUGUACAACCUGCGCUUCAUCAUGAAUGUGCUCUUUGUCAAGGAUAGCUUCGGCCUGGUGUUCAUGAUGACGUUCCUGAUGCGCGACGUCGACGAACUGUUUCACGGGGUCCAGGCACUCUUCAUGUUCCUCACAUUUACGGUCCGGCAGCCGCAUUCCACCUGGGCGCCACUGGCGAAAUUCUUCCUUUUCCAGUUUCACUUUCGCCUAGUGACCCACCGGCACUCCGCGGCACCCGGCCGCAAGUACGUGUUCGCCAUGGACAUGGCGUACCACGCGUUCGAGUGGUGCCUGUUCUUCGUGAACUUCUACCAAUGGCCGCCGCCCACGCUCAGCCCGGUGCACGUGCUGGCCCAGUCGUUUCAAGCCCUGACGCUACUGUACCACUCAUACGUGAUCUGGACGUUCGUGCGCUGGAUCAAGCUGACGCUUCCCAUCGUUCAGCUGGUCAGCGCCCAGCCAGAGGAUGGCGCCGGUCACCUGCUCAGCCCCGCCAUGUCCCGACUGCUGCUGUCGCUGCUCGAGGCGCAGGGCGGCAACGUGCCGCUGUUGCGCCUCCUCGAGCGCGUGCUCCGGCUUCAAGAGCGGGUGCGCAACCUGGCUCAGAUCCUCGAGAACCAGCAACUGCAAGUCGGCGACGCCGGUGCUGCUAUCGUGCCCGUGGUCGCCGCAGCAGCAGCGGGCCAGCAGCAGCUGCUGAACGUGCUAAGACCAGGACCCCGGAGAAGCGUUGCGUUACCUCUCGGUGCCUCGGCGCUGGGCGCUGGGUCGACAGAUCCACCUCACGUGCGGCGGGAACGAGCUGCAGAGCGGCCGAGUGGCGCCUACGCCGACAAUCACCGCGAGCUGCAGGAACUGCGAACAGGGGAAUCCAGCGAGACAACGGGACGAGCGGAAUUACCGCCGCACGGCCCUCAUUACGAGGCACCCAUGUGACGUGCGCAGUGCAUGUGUGUGCGCCCUCGCAUGUUCGCUCACCGGAAACGACUUAUACAAUUCGCUCGAAAUAUGUUGUGUACACACUCGUGAAAAAUUAUGCGUCAACAAGCUGACCAGUUCUCAAUGUUGCGCCAUCUACACAAGCGGCUUCGGACAUACCUGCUUUUUCUGCAGUAGAAAUACUCGUUUUGUUGACGGAAUAUCCGCUGCGACGGCGUCGCUUUAUACUAGUGUCACUAGGGCUGCGGGCUUCGACUCCUGGAAAUUGCCCUGUUCAAUCAACAGCAAUGCACGAAAUGUGAGCUUCAGUAUUUACGCAUGCUACCACGUUUGUCCUAACGCGGACAACUUGUCGUCGAAACGACUUGAGUUCACUCGCAGUAAUGCACAGAGGUCUUCAAUUUGCUGCGUUGAUAGAGGUGUUACGGCAACGCAUAACAGCUCCCACAAUUAAAUUUUGCUUAAUUGGCAAGCACUGUGAAUGAAAUAUAGAGGCCAUAAGUUUUUAUAGAUCGUUGUGGGUAACCAAGUGAAUUAUUCGUAAACAUUCAACAUGCGGGGCAACUUCAUUAAGUGUUCCUGAUGAGGACUUAAUU